CAGGCGGUAAAGGACCCUUUGAUCAAGAAAAUCCAAUUAUUUGUGUAUAUACAUUUCCCACAUAGUGAUUACUUCAUUAAUUGUCCCGCCUUUAUCUCCUCCCUUCCCAUCCCCCCUAAUAAUCAGCUCUUUUAUCCAGACCAACAAACACACCAUAGGAGCUUUGUGGAUUCAAAGGAUUUGCUUUCGCUUCUGAAAGAGCCGCUAUUCUUUGAUGAUUGGGUAGCGGCAAACUUCAAAGCCAUAAAUCUUCCUUCUGACUGGCUGGCGGCCCAGCAAAGUCCUUAUCAAAUUCUUGGAGGUGAUCCUGGCGCAGGCAGACAGUCCGCGGAGAUCGCGCUGAGCCGGGGCUGCCUGCCUAGUGGAGGGGGGUGCAGAAGGCGAGGAAAUCUGAAAGUGGGUGGGUGGGAGAAGGAAGGAAGGAAACUGGGCAGCUUUCCGGCUUCCCCCUGGCGACUCCAUGCCGCGGCGUCGCCCCCCUGGCCUCGCCUGGCCCCGGACGCGGUAGCCAUGGCCGCCGUGGCCGUCCUUCGGAACGACUCUCUGCAAGCGUUUCUCCAGGACCGCACUCCGAGCGCCUCCCCCGACGUGGCCAAGCACUCGCCGCUGGCUUUACUGGCCGCCACCUGUAGCCGCAUCGGGCAGCCCGGCGCAUCGGGCCCGCCGUCGGACUUCCUGCAGGUGUCCUACGAGGCCAGCUUGGGCUCUCCGUCCAGGAUCUUCCACCCGUGGAGCAGCGACAUGCCGGCGCACUCGCCGGGCGGCCUGCCGCCGCCGCCCAGCCUGGGCCUCACCCCGCAGCCGGCCUUCGGCAGCGCCCACGAGCUGCCGCUGACGCCGCCGGCCGACCCGUCGUACCCCUACGAGUUCUCGCCCGUCAAGAUGCUGCCGCCGCCGCCGUCCAUGGGCGCGCUGUCGUCCAGCUGCGCUCCGCCGCCCGCCGCUUACGUGCCCUACGCCGCCCAAGCGGCCCUGCCGCCGGGCUACUCCAACCUGCUGGCCCCGCCGCCGGCGCCCCAGCUCUCUCCGGCGCCCGACGACAUCCCUUGGUGGAGCAUCCAGCAGGCGGCGCCCGGCGCGGGCGGCUGCGCGCACCGCUUCGCGGGAAACCUGCAGCGCGGCCUGGUCUUGGCGCCGUCGGAGCUGGCGCAGUACCAGACGCAGCUAGCCGCGCUGCUGCACCCCAAGGCGCCCCUGGCGGCCACGGCCAGGAGGUGCCGGCGCUGCCGCUGCCCCAACUGCCAGGCGGCGGCGGCCGGAGGUGGAGGCGGAGGCCCCGACGGGGCGCCCUCAUCCGAGCCGGGCAAGAAGAAGCAGCACGUGUGCCACAUCCCCGGCUGCGGGAAGGUGUACGGCAAGACGUCGCACCUCAAGGCGCACCUGCGCUGGCACACGGGCGAGCGGCCCUUCGUCUGCAACUGGCUCUUCUGCGGCAAGAGCUUCACGCGCUCCGACGAGCUGCAGAGGCACCUGCGGACUCACACCGGCGAGAAGCGCUUCGGCUGCGCCGAGUGCGGCAAGCGCUUCAUGCGCAGCGACCACCUGGCCAAGCACGUCAAGACGCACCAGAACAAGCGCCUCAAGGCCGCCGCCGCGCCGGGACACGGACACGCGUGUGCCACCGUCAAAAGGGAGGAGCCCAGGGACAUGUGACAACCUGCGCCUGAGCUGCCCUC